AUGGUGAGAGAAUUGUCAUCCCCCGUCUCUGAUUCGGGGACCGAACUGAGCGACGACAGCAUGUCUGUGAACUCGACCACCGAUUCGUUCUACUCGUCGUUGAGUUCGUCUUUCCGCAAACCGUCCCCUGGCCGUGGCGGUGGGGAUGACGACGGGUUAAGAAUACGGGCGGUCGAGCGCGAUCCGACGGGAAACCUGAAAGCGAUGACGGAGGAGAGAUUGAUCGAGCUCCAGAGCCGAGGGAUGUCGUGUGUGAUGAUGGAUGGGGUCGGGAUGACGUCAGGAGUCGACGAGGUCGAGCUUUGUUCACAGGAAGACCAGCAGGAUCUGAGGUUGAAGAUCAACAGUCGGGAGAGAAAGAGAAUGCACGAUUUGAACAAGGCUUUGGACGGUCUACGCGAAGUCAUGCCUUACGCUCACGGCCCCUCUGUGAGAAAACUGUCGAAGAUGUCCACGCUCCUCCUGGCCAAGAACUAUAUCCUGAUGUUACGUAACAGCAUGGAAGAGAUGAAGCAACUCGUGAAUGAUGUCUCGCAGGGGCGUGGUCGAGUGCCGCCAUCGUUUUCCAAGUCUGGCCACCAUCCGCACCCUCAUGAAAUCCGAAAUGUCGGAUCCUCCCAUCUCGCUCGAGAUCGUCCUGAACAUCAUCAUCACCUUCGUCACACCAACACCGCUGCUAUACCAGUUUCCGCAUCUUCAAAACCACUAGUUCCAAUAGAUCAUGGAGUUGGGAUCGGGUAUCAAAAUACGAAACCCCCUGGUGUGACUUUUACGGGAAAGGAAACUCCUAGAGAUAAACCAUCAUCAGAAUCUUUUCCGAACAGGUUGUCGAUGGAGAUUUCGAGCUCAUUGUCUCGCAAUGAGCAUUCAUCUCCUUUUAAGCGUGUUUUACCUACAUCGGUUUCACACUCGUCGACGACAUCGGCACAUUUGCAGAGCCAUAAGAUUCAAGCGAACUCGAUGACGGGCUCUUCCUAUGACGAUAGAACAUCAGCAGUGUCAUCGGCAGCGUUGUUCUCGCUUUCAUCGUCCGCAAAGUCGAAUUUUCCGCUGAGACCGUCAGCCGUGUUGCCUCUAAGCUUCGACUUCGCCCGCCAUCACCUUCACCACCAUCCUCCUCCUCCUCCUCUUCCUCACCAUCUUCAUCUCCAACAUCAAUCCGACCGGCGUCAUCGUCAAGCAUCGCCUCCACCGAGUACCGGCAACGUCACUGACAGAGUCAAGAUGUCGGAUGAUGACAAGCCUUGGAGCGCGUCGACGGCUUCGGCGCCCUGCGCGUGUCACCAAUGCGUGAAGCCACACAUCAGCACACCGCCCAUGCCGUCUUUGCUCCACUGAAGAAAGCAGUUACUACAAACUCCUUGACUGAAAAAGAUACCAUAUGAAUUUGAGUCAAAAUCUUUACAUCAUUAAAUCCCAAUCAUGCCAAUUUUCGGGAACUAAACAACUGCCAUUAUAGUAACUAUUUUGCCUAGAUAUUCAUUGAAAAGAAAGGAAAUGAAUUUUCAACAAUGCAUGUAUUGCUGUUAGAAAGUUUUAGGACUAGACAAAAGCUGAAAGAACUUGCAAGAACUUGGGAUUUGAAGAUGGAAGUCUGACGAGAAACAUAACAUUUACUUUCUUUCUUUGGUAAAGAUCACCAUUUGCUUUAUUACUUUUUCUUCGCGAGCCAAUUUCGGUUGUAAUCGUGAAUU